GCAUUUUCCUUCCUCCUCCUCCUCCUCCUCCUCCCUCCUCUUCCCCACCUUCCUCCACUCCCUCCCUUCCCCUCCCCUUCUACCUCCUCCUCGGCCAGCUCAGGUUGCGGCUUCUCUGGGGAACUGCUCACCUUUCCGGAGCAGGGGAAGCUGCCCCGUGCCCGGGAGGGAGCGGGCGCGCCGCGGCCCCCAGGACACGCGCUGACCCGGCUGCCCAGUCCCUCAUGAUCAUGAACAAGAUGAAGAACUUUAAGCGCCGUUUCUCCCUGUCAGUGCCCCGCACUGAGACCAUUGAAGAAUCCUUGGCUGAAUUCACGGAACAAUUCAACCAGCUCCACAACCGGCGGAAUGAGGACUUGCAGCUCGGUCCUCUUGGCAGAGACCCCCCGCAGGAGUGCAGCACCUUCUCCCCAACAGACAGCGGGGAGGAGCCGGGGCAGCUGUCCCCUGGCGUGCAGUUCCAGCGGCGGCAGAACCAGCGCCGCUUCUCCAUGGAGGUGAGGGCCUCUGGAGCUCUGCCCCGGAAGGUGGCAGGAUGCACGCACAGGGGUGUGCACAGGAGGGCAGCUGCCUUACAGCCAGACUUUGACGUCAGCAAGAGGCUCUCUCUGCCCAUGGAUAUCCGCCUGCCCCAGGAAUUCCUACAGAAGCUACAGAUGGAGAGCCCAGAUCUGCCCAAGCCGCUCAGCCGCAUGUCCCGCCGGGCCUCCCUGUCAGACAUUGGCUUUGGGAAGCUGGAAACAUACGUGAAACUGGACAAACUGGGAGAGGGCACCUAUGCCACAGUCUUCAAAGGGCGCAGCAAACUGACGGAGAACCUCGUGGCCCUGAAAGAGAUCCGGCUGGAGCAUGAGGAGGGAGCGCCCUGCACUGCCAUCCGAGAGGUGUCUCUGCUGAAGAACCUGAAGCACGCCAAUAUUGUGACCCUGCACGACCUCAUCCACACAGAUCGGUCCCUCACCCUGGUGUUUGAGUACCUGGACAGUGACCUGAAGCAGUAUCUGGACCACUGUGGGAACCUCAUGAGCAUGCACAACGUCAAGAUUUUCAUGUUCCAGCUGCUCCGGGGCCUCGCCUACUGUCACCACCGCAAGAUCCUGCACCGGGACCUGAAACCCCAGAACCUGCUCAUUAAUGAGAGGGGAGAGCUGAAGCUGGCCGACUUCGGACUGGCCAGGGCCAAGUCAGUGCCCACAAAGACCUACUCCAAUGAGGUGGUGACCCUGUGGUACAGGCCCCCCGAUGUGCUGCUGGGAUCCACAGAGUACUCCACCCCCAUUGAUAUGUGGGGCGUGGGCUGCAUCCACUACGAGAUGGCCACAGGGAGGCCCCUCUUCCCGGGCUCCACAGUCAAGGAGGAGCUGCACCUCAUCUUCCGCCUCCUCGGGACCCCCACAGAAGAGACGUGGCCCGGCGUGACCGCCUUCUCCGAGUUCCGCACCUACAGCUUCCCCCGCUACCUCCCGCAGCCGCUCAUCAACCAAGCGCCCAGGUUGGAUACGGAUGGCAUCCACCUCCUGAGCAGCCUGCUCCUGUAUGAAUCCAAGAGUCGCAUGUCAGCAGAGGCUGCCCUGAGUCACCCCUACUUCCGGUCUCUGGGACAGCGUGUGCACCAGCUUGAAGACACUGCCUCCAUCUUCUCCCUGAAGGAGAUCCAGCUCCAGAAGGACCCAGGCUACCGAGGCUUGGCCUUCCAGCAGCCAGGACGAGGGAAGAACAGGCGGCAGAGCAUCUUCUGAGCUGCGCCCACCUUGCUGUGGCCAAGGGACAAGAGAUCACAUGGAGCACAAAUUCGGGUGGGAUGGAGCCCGUGUGGCCCUCGGAGGACUGAAGAACGAGGGCUGACAGCCAGCCCGGAAGACCGCUUGGCAGCCCUGCUGGCCACGGCUGUUUCUUCUCUGUGCUUCCCGCGUUCCUCCCCAGUAGCCCUCACCUGCAUACCAACCCCUCCAUUACCCACGUUGGGGCUAGCAUGAGCUGCUUCCCUGAGAAGACAUGAGACGGGGGGUCCUCGUACCCUCUCCCACCCUGGUGUUUGAGCACCUGCGUGGGAUGCACAUGGAUGACAGAAUCAAGGUGCCAGGAUGGGCACUCUGCCCUGGAUACAGGCUCUACCCUCCUCCCCCAGGGCCGGCCUAGCGCCAGUUUGGUAGUCCCCCUUUCUGGCCUCUUGGACACACGUUUCAUCUUUUUCCCCUCUGAGAGCAAGAAGAGACAUGGCAUGUUCUCUGGGACCCUGGAAUCCUAGGUACCCACAUGUAUGCCAAAGCCUACCCCACCUGGCAGGUGUCCCACAGCAACAGAAGGAAUAGUAGUCCCCACUCUUUCCAUCAGCCCUACCCUACCUUCAUUCCCCCGACACCCUCUGGCUUGAACCAUGGCUGAGCAGUGCCGGCAUAUACUUCGCCAGCAUGCUUGGAUGCCCAGCUGUGUCCAGAGGUUGCCUGGGACCGCCAGUUGCAUGCCUGCCACCUCAGCUAGCCCCUGCCCACCUCAUCAGUCUGAAUGGAGUUGCCUUAAAUUGGCAGGUGGUACUGCACUCACUGCCCUUGGAGCUGUGACCAGCUCCUGCCUGUCCACCCCUUCCCGAGGUGGCUCCUGCUUAUCUUAUCAUCCCGGGGCUCUGAUUAGCCAGGCCUGAUCAGGGUCCUGGGGACGGCACCCAGAUAUGCAGAGUCACCCUGACACUGGUGCCGGGCUGACGACAGCUCCCGAAGGCUCGCACAGCCUCCCCAUCCUUCCUUCCGGGCCGUUGCGGCUCUGUCCACCUGAUCCCAAUACCAGCUUCCCCGAGCCCCUGCCACCCCAGAGGGCGACCACGACAGGGAGAGGUGUAGAUGCCACCACCAUCUGAGGGAGAGGAACGUGGAACGGUAGCAGGCUGUGAUGCUGAGAGGCUUGCCUCCAGGGGCUGGAAGCCCGGGUGGCCAGAGCCCCUGAAGAAGGCUCCCCUCUGUAUCCUCCAGGUCUCCUCAACGCUGGGCUGAUCCUGAAUGGCACAGGCCAAGGGGAGGCCAGCCUCGCCUUUCUACCCAGGCCCCCUGCCCUGCCCACCUCAGGCCCCCACCCUCCACUCCUCCCCACGGUACUGUGAACGUCCUGUGACUCAGCGCAGAGACAGAUAAUAUAUUUAAUUCAUGUUGUACAGAAAGGAGCGAGCGGUCUCGUACAGAAAAGCUGAUUUUGAUAGAUUGAUGCCAAAGAUGGAGAACCGAAGGCCCCUCUCCAGGCCUAAUGAGUGUGGGUGGGGCGUGCUCGUGUGUAUGUGUGUGUGUAUAUAUAUAUAUAUAAAGUGAGGAGAGAGUUU